UACAAUUUGCAAGCAGUAAUUAAGAAGAUCCUCUCUAGCAAGUCAUCAUCAUUCAAUACAAUAUGGCUGCAUCAUCAACACAAAGUGAUGAGAAGAAGCAGCAGGAGCCACAAGCCAAUGGUUAUACCCAAACCCACCAAAGUGUUCCAAUAACAGCCCAAACAAAGACCAACAGAACUCAUAACCAGUCCUGCAAAGAGAGGAUGAAAGGGAUGAUGAUGCCAAACAAGAUGAUGAAGCUCCACCAUGCAGGGAAACAGCAACAGCAACCAGCUGCAUUCGAAGCAACUCAUCGUCGUGCGGCAGACAAUGAGACGAUGAAGACGAAGAAGAAGAAGAAAGAAACGCAUUGCAUGCCCAAGAUCCGCGAUCACUUGAAGAACUUCAAAGCUAAAAAUAGUAAGACCAAAGAAAAGACCAACGGGAGCAGCAGCAGCAGCGAUGACGAGAACGAUCAUGGAAAGGCCGGUUCGAGAAAGGCCAAGAACUAAGAAUUCUUCUAUGUGAGAGUGAAGUUAAGAACGAAACCAGUUCAAUAAGUAACUAUUCAAUGGGAUUUGAUGGAUGGUGAAGAAACAGAACGUAUCUGUUGCCCUGGCCUACAAAUUGUUUACAGUAUGUGUAUUGGAAAGAAACAGAAGUGUGUUGUUAUUUUUUCAAAAAAAUGUGUGUUGUUAUUUUAUGAAUAAUAUUUUGUGCCAACAUAUAUGGAAAUGUUUUACAGGACGGAUGAUGAAGUAGAUGAUAUGGUUGAAAUGAAUGUAAAAAAAUUAAACGGACUGCUAAAACAUUGUUGGAAAGAAAGAACAUCCCAUUGAGCUUCUUUGUCGCGCUCGGCUUGAUGAUUGCACGCCCACGUCGAUGCUGCUACUUGUUAAUCU